CGGCGAGCCUGCAUCAGGCAUUCAGAAGCAGUGAAGUGAGAGAGGUAAAACAAGCUGAGACUCUAACUUCAAAGGAAGAUACACACACAAAGGACAGUGAGAAGGAGGCCAAGAAGCUUGCUCGCAAGGCGCUAGGGAGGAAGAAGACAACCACGCACUAUUGCUGUUGCUUGUGCUUAGUGUGUGCUCGCGGCUAGAAGCAGACAAGCAGCUGCGGGAGCAUAAGGGCGGCAUGGCUUCUUGCGGUAGCUUCUACUUUGUUCCCUUGCUCCUGCUGAUGCUCCUGCUCGCUUCUCCCGCCACUGCUGCACUGGUGACAUCCUCCCAGCCUGGCGGCAAUGCCACUGCUGCAAGGCCGAGGCCGGGGAUGGAGCAGCUCAAGCGCAAGAGGAUCAGGGCUCUGCUCACCAAGCUUAACAAGCCUGCUCUCAAGACUAUCCAGAGCUCGGAUGGCGACAUCAUAGACUGUGUUCCCUCUCACCUCCAGCCCGCAUUUGACCACCCAAAGCUCAGGGGCGAAAAGAUUCUGGAUCCGCCGGAGAGGCCCAAGAACCGCAACUUCACCUUUGGCGGCAGCGGCAGAAGCAGGGUCGGCGAGGUGGUGGUGCAGGCGUGGCACGCCACCGGCGAGGCGUGUCCAGAGGGGACCGUGCCGAUACGGCGGACGACGGAGAAGGAUCUGCUCAGGGCUAGCUCCCUCAGGAGGUACGGCAGGAAGCCAGCGCGCCGGGGUGUUCGCCGUGAUUCCACAAGCAGCGGCCAUGAGCAUGCAGUUGGGUAUGUAAACUCAGAACAGUACUAUGGGGCCAAGGCCAGUGUUAAUGUGUGGUCGCCAAGGAUAGGUGACCCAUCUGAGUUCAGCCUGUCUCAGAUCUGGGUCCUCUCUGGCUCCUUCGGCAAUGAUCUCAACACCAUCGAAGCUGGAUGGCAGGUAAGCCCAGAGCUAUACGGAGACAGUAACCCAAGAUUCUUCACCUACUGGACAACUGACGCGUACCAAGAAACCGGGUGCUACAACCACAAUUGCCGCGGAUUCGUGCAGACGACGAACAAGAUUGCAAUUGGGGCGGCUAUCACCCCGGAGUCGGUGUACAAUGGCAGGCAGUUCGACAUCACUCUCAUGCUAUGGAAGGACCCAAAGCACGGGCACUGGUGGCUGGAGCUGGGCCCGGGCCUCGUAGUCGGGUACUGGCCGUCGCACCUCUUCAGCCACCUGGCUCGCCACGCCAACAUGGUGCAGUUCGGCGGCGAGGUCGUCAACACCCGGCCGUCGGGGUCGCAUACCGCGACGCAGAUGGGCAGCGGCCACUUCCCCAGAGAGGGCUUCGACCGCGCCGCCUACUUCCGGAACCUGCAGGUGGUGGACUGGGACAACAACCUCAUCCCGGCGGCCAACCUGAAACUCCUCGCCGACCAUCCUGGAUGCUACGAUAUCCAGGGAGGCACUAACAGCUACUGGGGAAGCUACUUCUACUACGGAGGACCCGGGAGGAACGCCAAAUGUCCCUGAGAUCAAUUCGGACCGGAUGUCUCUUUCUUGUUCGAUGUUCUUUUUUCGUUGCCCUUUCUAGGAUUUGGUAGGUCUUAUACGUCUUUAACGAAAGAAUGCAUCCACGGUUGAGACUUGGGAGGAAUUUGUAAAUUUGGCAAGUACCUGUUAUAUUUAAUAUCCCUAUGGCUC